GGAACUCGCUCGGGGUCGCGUUUAAUGUGGAUUUCGAUGGAUUUGUGCUGUCGGGCUUGAUUGCGGAAAAAACCGUCUGAUGGGAAAACGUGGCGCUUGAGGACGUGCUCACCAAGCUUCAUGCUCUCAGCUCAGGGGACCAUGUCUGUCCACAUAGUGGCCCUGGGCAGCGAGUGUCCAGGGGGUGUGGGGUCUGGAGAGGAGCCUGCUGCUCCAGCACAGGUGCAAGGGGGGCUGCUGUGGAGCUACCUGGGUCAUGGAGCCAGAGAGCUGGACCCCACCUCCUCCACUCCUUCUAGACAUCCACUGAAUCCAGCAUUUAUGGAGUACCAGUCUAGAGUUUUUGGAGAUGUCAGAGUGAUGGUGCGCGAUUGCCCUAGCUGGGACUUGCUGGACAGUGACUGGGCCAGUGUGCGGAGUGUUUUGGAGCAAGCUGAUAUUGUGGUCAUUAAGUAUUCAGUAAAUGACAAGCUGGCCUUCCAGCAGGUCCGAAAUGGCUACGCCCCUCGUCUCCGCCCCCUUCUGCGCCACUGGGGCAUGCCCGUCAUCCUGGUAGCAGUUGGUGCACGACUUAACGAUGAAGGGCCACCAUGCACCUGCCCCCUCUGCGCGUCCGACUGGAGCACUUGUGUUCCUCACGGCGAGGGACUUCAGCUGUCUCGAGACCUGGGUGCCACCUACCUGGAGUUACCAUCUCUCAAUAAUUUCUUUGUGGGUCGCUACUUUGGCAGUGUGCUUGAAUACUUCAUGAUUCAGUGUCUGAAGCAGAGAGCGAAAGAGCGACCUGACAAGAGGCGGGGUCAACGGUUUAAUGAGCCCCGCCCUCCACACUUGGACCAACCAGCUCGUCUUCCUCCUGUGCGAGUGGAGGAGUCCAGCUUCUCUCAGGAUCUGCAGUGGUUGCUGGAGCGUGGUGCGCAGUUUGCUGAUGUGGUCUUUUAUGCUGGGGAUUCUGGGAAAGAGCUGGGAUGGGCACAUGCUGCUGUGUUAAGCGCAGUUAGCCCCUAUUUCAAGCAGCUGUUGGUGGGAAGGCAGGCAUGGGAGAGGCCCAUGUCCCGAUGUGCUUGUCGGGAAAGAGACAGCCCUCACUCUCUGCUGUCCACUUGGGAUGGCGGCUUGGAUGACCUGACCCGGGCAGACGGCCACCUACCUGGGCAACUGUCCCGGCUGGUUGUGAAGGACCCGCUGCUGUGUAUAUGCAUGUGGGAGACGCUUAUGUUUCUCUACAGAGGAGCUUGGGAGUGGGAGUUUCUGGAGGAGGCUUUGGCUGAGAAGCUCAAGAACCCUUUAGCAAUAGCCCAGCUGAUGGAUCGAAUACGCUCAUUUGUUGGGAGGGAAAAGGCCCUCAGGGACCCGACUGCUCCACGAUCUCAGCCUGUUUCUCAAACAUUGGGAAACAUCUUCAACUCCCCUCUCUACUCUGAUGUCAUUUUCAUGGUGCAAGGGAGUGUCCUGCCUGCACAUAGAGCUGUGCUUGUGGCUCGCUGUGACGUCAUGGCAGCUAUGUUCAGCGGCAAAUACGCAGAAGCGAGGAACCGAGUGGUUCCCAUACACGGGGUGUCCUCUGACACCUUCCUCGCCUUUCUGGAGUAUCUCUACACAGACACCUGCUGUCCAGCCAGUGUGUUGCAGGCUAUGGCGGUACUCGUCUGUGCAGAGAUGUACCAAGUGAAGCGUCUGCAGCACCUCUGUGAGGUGUGUGUGUGUGCGUAUUUGCAGAGCAUGCCCAGUCGGGAGCUGGCCUCCACUAGCAUCAGUGUCAUCCGCUUACUGAGGAGAGCAAAGUGUCACAAUGCUGACCAGCUGUAUGUCUGGCUCCUCCACUUCAUUGCCAAUAAUUACCUGAUCUUCAGCCACAAACCCGACUUCCUGGAGCUUUCAGAGGAGGAGCGGGAGCAGGUGGAGCGGCUACGCUGGCCCUCAAGAGGCUACCUGCAGGAGCUCAGCGAGUACCAACAGCGCAGACGGCAUCUGCGCAAGUCCCGCUGCAGCAUCAUGUGAGGUCCCACAGGCGGCACGCUAAAGACAAGGACGAGAGAAAGUGCAAAGACGAGUCACAGACAUGCUCAAAACCUCUGACCUUUAAUCCAGUGACAUUAGCACACAGUCAUAUAAUCUCAGAGACCCCAAGCGGACACUGUGGCCUAAUGUUUCUCUCGGUGCCCUAUGACACGGAUCUGGCUUUGUGUACACAGAGACGAACUGUUCCUCCGAACGGAGACUAUUUACUACAAUAACCACGGAAGAAACACUAAGUGAGCGGACGUCAAGGACGAUCUAAAGCUCGGAGGCCGAACGUGAAGCCAAAAUCAUGCCAUUAGAGAUUCCCAUUUGAACAAACAGUAACUCCAAAUCAAUUUCUGUUGGAUUUGGAGUAGAGUGUGAACACUGAGGUUUUGUAAAAUAACACUGAAUGAAAUUUCAAGCUUGAGGAAAUAUAUUUACAAUGUUUAAAAUUUACAGUGAUGGCAUAUAUUCGAAAUGUCCAGAUUUAUAAUAUGAUAUAAUCAGAAUAAUUAUAUAAUCUUUAUAUAAUCAUUCAUAUUCUUUGCUUUGUUUUUCUUUUAUUAUAACAUCCUUUACAACGAGUGAAAUCAGUCAUAUCUACAUAAGAAACAUGUCAAAAGGUGUCUGGAGAUUUUGUCAUGGAUAGAUUAUUCUUUUUCUGGGGGAACCUAUCCCAUGAAUUCCGUAUCCACAGGACACCCUGGACAUGUCCCAGUUAUAUGCAGGGCGCUCACACACACACACACACACACACACACACACACACACACACACACACACACACACACACACACACACACACACACACACACACACACACACACGCUCGUGGUUACACACUACUGCCGAUCAGCUUCUGAAGCAUGUCCUUCGGACUGUGGGAGGAACCCGGAGUACCCAGAGGAAACCACUGAAGCACGAAGAGAACAUGCAAACUCCAGGCAAGAAGGGUGAAGAGCCAGGACUCGAACCCCCAACCCUGGAGGUGUUAGGCUAACAACUUGAUUAUCAGGUUAUUCAGUAUGUAUAUUACUACUUUUUUUAGUUUUACUCUGGGUUUACUAACAGCUUACAAUACAUUAAUGUUUCAAAUAAAAACAGAGCUUUCAAGUGAGCUAUUCAGUUACUCAGUAGCAGCUUGGGUUGGAUCUUCUGACUGAGAUUUAGGGGUUGCUCUUUCGACAUAUCAAUCUUGAUAUUUUAGCAAAACUGUCUAGAAUUAUUUAUUCAGAAGUUCUUUAUCCUGGUCAUGGGUGAAAGCAGAUCUAUCCCAAAAACACCAGGUGCGAGGUGUAAAGGCAAUACCGUCUGGAUGGGACACCAAUUCAUCAAACAUUGAUUUAAACACACAUUCAGAAUUUAGAGUAACCAGUCCACGUGCUGUAAUGUUUUCUGGACAGCUGUAGCGUGUGUGCGACGCAAGCUCGGGUUGAAACCCUGGCCCUGGGCAGAAACCCUGGCCCCGGGCACUGGCUUCCUUGUCGUUCCUCAGGCAUGAAAUUUACCUCCAUAUUCCAAAUGUGACCAAAUUCAAAGCAAUAUUCAAAGUGAGAUUUCUGAUGGCAUGAUUUCGAACUCACUCCAAGCUAGAAUACGCUCCCAAAGUGUUGAACAGGGUAGGGUCAAACACAUCCUCUCCAGAGAUGUUUCACACAUCCUCAUGGUCUGCCAUGGUCUCUUCUUGGUGAGAAUUUCUUUGAUCCGUCGGUUACUCUUGCAAAACUUCAAAUGUUUAUUUUUUUUGCCAUGAGAUUAUAAUUUUUCGGCGAUGCGAACUAUUUUUCUAACAUGUACAUCAGGUUUUUAUUUAGGGGAAAUCUGUAUGUAUGUAUUAUGUAUCCAGCAUGUGGAUUGUUACGUGCAGUCGGUGUGUUGGAUUUAGAGCCUGUUUCUGGCUGUCUGUAGUCUAGUGUAGUUCUGUCGAUCUUCAUCUCAAACUGAAUAAAGGCAUUUUAGAAGGAA